AUUUAAUCGACUCCAAAGCCGCGGCCAGAGAGCUCAUCAACUUUACGGUUUUAAAAUAUCUUACAACAGCUGUUAGUAGUCCAUUUGAAGUAUCCAAAACAUUACUACAAGUGCAGUACAUGCCUCGUGAAGAUGCCGAGGUAACCUCUGUCGCAAGAACUUCAACUACAAUUGAUUCGGAUAACGAAGAAGAACAGUAUAAUGAAUAUUCAGAGGAUGAAGAGGAAGACGAUUUUUACGGCGAGGAAGGUUCAAGAAGAAGAAGACGCUAUUCGGCUGGAAGCGAUCCUUUAAAUACCGGAACACUCGAUAUCGAAGAUCCUUUAUUCAAAAAGAAAGUUCCUGUUGAUUCAAAUGGAUAUAUCGUGCGUACUAGUGUAUACGAUGAAUCAACCCGACCUCCCCAUCAAAUCAAACCUAUUGACGGCGGUGUUUGGCAAGGAAUUGGAAAAUUAAUGAAGCAACCUCAUGAAGGAUGGCGUUCAUUGUUUAAAGGACAAUAUACAAACUGGAUUUACGAAAUUUCUCAUCUAUUUCUUCAACCAACCCUUGAAGGUUCUUUAAAUGAUAUGUUUGACCUUUAUGACGAUACGAUACCACUUGUUCACUUGGAUCACGUAGGCCCCAACUUGGCUACUUUGGUCGCAAGUAACCUUAUAGUUGGAUUUAUUUUAAGUCCUUUGGAGCUAAUUAGAACUAGAAUGCAAGUUCAAUCAGCUUCACCUUUACAGCGCAAAUACAAAGGCCCUUUCCACGCACUUAAAACCAUUAUUCAAGAAGAAGGAGGAAUCAAGGGACUUUAUUUCUCUCACAACUUAUUACCAACCAUUCUUUUUCAUACGAUCACACCCUUGUUACAAAAUACAACACCUUUAAUCAUUGAUCGUAUCCUGCGCAUCUCUGCAAACGAAUCACCAUUUUUAUACAGUUUUGCAGAAUUAGCUUUAAACACAAUGGAAGUCGUGAUCACUUUACCUUUGGAUACCAUCCGUAAACGUCUUCAGUGUCAAAUCAGAACACGUACACCGGGAAAUAAACGAUUCGAGACGGUAGUUGCAACAAGACCCGUUCCUUACACAGGUAUUGCUAAUGCAGCUUACUGUAUCAUCAAAGAAGAAGGCGGUAGACCUAAAAAGAAGGGCGGUAAAAAGACUAGCGCAUAUCAGAAAAAGAGUAUUUUGACCGAUUGGAGUUUAAGAGGUUUAUAUCACGGGUUCAACAUGCAAUGUACAUCUAAUGUAGUCUUGUUCUUCUUGCAUGCGAUCAAUGGUAUCGAAGAUGAUUACGAGGAUUUUUAAAAAACCUAGCUUAAUAACUUUUAAAAAAAAAAGAUAAAAAAAAGUCAAAUAAAAGUACCACUAACUAAAUCAUAGUUAAAUUGAAGUAAUCUACAACUCUGAUUAAUAUAAAAUUGUAAGCAUGUUCGACAGCAUUUAUUCCCGAACUCCGCGCAACACGUUCAAGAUCUGACAGUAGAAAAUAAUCAGGCAAGGUAAUUCAUAAUCCUGUCAAAAAUCUGUUGAUUUAAUUGUCAUGCGUUAAAAGAAGAGAUAAAUGCAUGAAAAUAAAGUAUUAGAACCCCCUCACACCGAAAUUUACCUUGUGCAAAUUACGAGAAACUGGUAAAAAUAGAAGACAGUUUUUUUUUUUUAAAAAAAAAGUGCCUGAAUUACAAUUAAUAAAAUUUGUGACACAGCACUAUUUCAGUACAUC